AGAUGACCUAACUACCGUGAUUACUAAUUUCGCGCGUUUGAUGAUGGAAGGCACAGCACAGUGAACUUAGUUAAUUUCAAAGAUGCAUAUUUAUUUAUAUAUGAAGUAUGAACAUGGGAUAUAACGCUCACCUCGCAAUCUUUAAAAUUAAAAAUGUUGAAUCAUGCUUCUACGACGUCGUUUCCUUCCCUAUUACACUUCAAUACUACGUCGUUUCACGUAAUCGCUCAAUCUUCCACUUUUCAGUUUCCCCGCCGGUUCAAUCCACCGCCACUCCGGUCAAUUCUCCCGGUGAAAGCUACCGCUUCUUUACCACUCUUCGAUAUCAGCGGGAGCAAAUGCAUGAGUAGUGGGUUCUUCGAUAUUGAACUAAAGGUUCGCGAUUAUGAGUUGGAUCAGUUUGGUGUGGUCAACAAUGCCGUUUAUGCUAGUUAUUGCCAACAUGGUCGUCAUGAGUUUUUGGAAAGCAUUGGUGUUAGUUGUGAUGGCGUUGCUCGCAAUGGUAAUGCAUUGGCAGUAUCAGAAAUGUCCAUCAAAUUCCUUGCACCUCUAAGAAGUGGAGACAGAUUUGUUGUAAAGGUUAGGAUUUCAGACCAUUCAGCGGCCCGCUUAUACUUGGAACACUUCAUCUAUAAGCUACCAAACCAAGAGCCUAUUUUGGAAUCACUGGCCACAGUAGUGUGGCUCGAUAAAAACUAUCGUCCUACUAGAAUUCCGGCAGAUCUAAAGUCUAAACUUCUUAAAUUUGUUCGUGGUGAGGACUCUUAAUGUAUCUUUCAGAUGGACGGUUGAUUGAUAGAAUCAUUGAGAAAGUAAACUGUUUCUGUACUUGGCUUCAAUUUGGCAUGUGGGUGGGAUAGGAGGUAGCACAGUUCUGUAAUUGAGAGUCCAUUAAUUUUAAUAAUAAAAAAUCUAGUUUAAAUUACAAUUCUAGCAAGAUUAAACAGUUUAGCUUCGUGAUGCUUAGUAAAAAAACAUCAUAAGAAUUUUUUUUAUUGUUGGUAUCAAUCUGUAGGCUCUUUCGUGCUUUAUCAUGGGUGAGGUAUUGAUGUUGUAGGAAUUUGAUUCA